UUUUAAGUUGGUUUAAUUUUGAUGACAAAUAGUCCCAACACAAAGUAUUUCAGUAAUUCCCACUGUGAUGGAUAUAGGAAGGGUGUUAUGAGACUCCCUCUGUCUACUUUUACUCUCUAAUCUUGUACUUUUAGACAUUAACACCCAGUCACUUUCAUAAACAUCCAAUAGGGACUGGGAAAAGCAUCAUAGAAGGAGUUUUUUAUGGACAUAGAAUGGGUUUUAUGAGACUCCCUUUCCUCCUUCUUUUGCACUUUUCCUUUCAAAUCUCAGGCUUUUAGAUAUUUAUACCCCAGUGUAAUAUGAAAUGCUUGAAGAAAAAUUGCCCCUUACAGCAUUACAGGUAUUACACAUCCAUCUUCUCCAUGUCCCUUUCUCUUAGGCAUAAUAAACACAGACAGGACAAAAAAUGGCAGAGAGCAACAGUCCAAAAGGCAGCUCCGGCGACUUUGCCAAAAAAGUCCAAAGGCAGCUGAGCAGAGGAAAAGAAAAGGUGCUGCAAAAGUUGGGAAAGACAGCAGAGACCAGAGAUGAACAAUUUGAGCAUUUUCUCCAGCAGUUUAAUGACCAGCAGACUGACGGAAACCGAAUAUACAAGGACCUGAGGAACUACCUUAAUGCAGUCAGAGAUAUGCGUGAAGCUUCAAGACGCCUUUCCCAGUCCCUGUUUGAUGUUUAUGAAAGUGACUGGGUUGGAGAAGAAGACUUGGGAGCCAUUGUGGAGGGGGAGGACCUCCUGUGGAAUGACUACGAGGUGAAGCUAUUAGACCAGUCCAUACGCACCAUGGAGUCCUAUGUGAGCCAAUUCCCAGAUGUCAGGGACAAAAUUGCCAAAAGGGGCAGAAAACUGGUGGACUAUGACUCCAGCCGUCACCACCUGGAGGCGCUGCAGACUGCCAAGAAGAGGGACGAUAUCAAGAUUAACAAGGCAGAGGAAGAGAUGAAUGUGGCCAAAAGUGUUUAUGAAAGUAUCAACAAUGACCUGAAAGAAGAGCUCCCUGUGCUUUAUGACAGCCGGAUUGGAUGCUAUGUGGCAGUUUUCUUAGCUAUUUCUAAUUUACGAGACACCUUCUACAAGGAAAUCAGCACGCUCAACCUUGAUCUGCAGAAUGUGGUAAAGGAGCUACAGAGCCAGUAUCCUGACAAACAGUUUUCUGUGAAGGGGAUUCAGCGGUAUGGCUCCCUGAAGAGACGAUCUCUGAUGUCCCCCAGGAUGUGGAAGGCCAGCUUUUCUGAGUUUAAUAGAAACUAUAGCCCUAAAACGGCCCAGAGGUUUAGUUUCAAGUCCCCAGACAAACCCAGACAUGGAACUUUGUCUAGAGAGAGCAGCAGCCUUGCAGUAUCCCCAGAAAUGCCUAUUAUGGAGAACCCCACCUCAGAGUCCAGGGACCUGGAUGCAGGGUCGAGCCACAGCGAGGCCCAAAGCGUUCCUGCAGAGGAAGGUGGUGCGGCAGAGACGCCUGAAAAUGAGCUGAAACAGGGAGAAGACAGCAAUCAAGAAGAAGAGAAGAAGAGCAUGAAAGAAGAGAAGUCUGAGCUAAAGCCUCCUGCAGAAUCUGAUAAUAAAGAAGACGGUGAAAAAGCUCCACCAAGUGACAGCUCUGAACUGAGCAACUCCUGUGAUUCAGAGAGCUUGGAGCUCCAGCUGUCGGCUGCAGACAACAGCCCGCUGCACAUCGAAGAAAGAGAAGACAGCCCUGCGGCUCUCAGCGCCCCCAAAUCUAAUGGGCUGGAGAAUGGAGAGGUUUCUGGGCUUCACACUGACACUAAAGACCUCAGCAUUCCUAACUCGAACACUCCUGCAGAACAACAGCCUUCCACGAACUCAAAGAGCACAGAUGUUUAAAAUAUUCAGACUGUCAAAUGAGAGUUAAACAGGCUGUGGAAGAGGAGACUGAAGUCAGCAGCUGCAGAAGGAAAACACAUCAGCUGUGCACACAUGAAUGAUAUACAAUAUGCUGAGGUGUUUUGCUUGGUUUAGUUUUUUUUAUUUAUCUUUUAUCAAAAUCAAUUGUACAUACAGCCUUUUCAGUAGGAACUGUAAUUUUUUAAUUUCAGGUUUGGGACAGAGAAGUGAAUUCAGCGUGUCUAAGCUUUGAACCUGAAGGUUGUUUGUACAUUCGUAAUGUCUCUGUUAUUAAGAGUUACCUGAUGAGUAGGAAAACUAAGGAUUGUCUUUGAAAAUUUAAAAAAAAAAAACUCACAUAGGAACAUUAGGUUUAUUUUACAGUCAUAAUCUUCUUUCAGUUGUAGCAGAAUGAGCAACUUUCAUACAUCUUGUUUUAUAUUUAAGUCAUAUGAAGUGUCAACUAAUGGUGUCUACUCAGGAGAUAAAACUGGAUUUUACCUGUUGAUGGAAAGUCCCGGGAGAUUUAUUUUUGUUAAUUUCCAUUUCUGUUUGACUUUGAGAAAAGCAUGUUUAAUCCAUAGUUCUCUCAAAAUCAAAAUCACUCAGGUGGGCAGUGCAGCCACAAAAGAAAUCAAGUUGUAAUCUUUUUGUAUCUUCUUUUAACUCCAGCUAUUUGAUGAGUUUCAGUAAGUGUAAUUAGACUGUAAUCUAAGUCUGAUAAAUAUAUAAUUAAAUGUGUAACAUUAAAAUGAUGUAAGAGUUGUAUAUAAUUGUUGAAAUUGUUGAUAGCUGUGGUUACUGCUCUAUUACCAGAUUAAAGGUGAAAUGAUGCUCUUGGUAUUUG